AUGUCGCCUAAGCCAAAGCCCUAUCUCCGCCGUCUGGGAUACAUUGAGAUGUACCAGUCUGGCAUGCACAACCUCAACUACUACUGCAGCACCAUAACUACAUGUCGCUACACCAUCCCGCAAUCACUCAACCACAAGCAACUCGUCACAGCAUUCGACGAAGCUGUAGCGCAAACAGUCGUUCAAUUUCCUCUCCUUCAAGUCGGUCUUGUAAGCGAAGGUACAAAAAAGCCAGUCUGGGUCGCCCUCGAUACAAUUGACUUGGCAGACCACAUCUUCUGGGAUAUCCGACCUGAUUCAACGAAUUACGAUGAGGUGUUUGAAGCGAAUCUGAAGUAUCAGCUUGACACCAAAUUCGAAAAUCUCGAGACGAAACCAGGAUGGAGAUUACUUUUGAUGCGCCCACUGACAAGCAACUUUGUGGAUGUCAUGUUUGUGUGGAAUCAUUCGAAUAUCGAUGGCAUGGGCUCAAAGAUCUUUCACCGCACACUCCUCAGCAAUCUUGCCCAACCAUCAGCAACUUCACCCCUCAUCCCAGGCUCGAGAAUUAUGAACACGGAGAUUUCGAAGGAGACGUUUCCUCAGCCACAGGAGAAACUGGCCAAGCACAAGGUAACAAUGGGUUUCGCCAUGUCAGAAAUCUGGCAUAACUUCGGCCCCAAAGCUUUUUUGUCGUCGACUGCCAAGGCGAGAUGGGCACCUAUCUUGCCAACACCUUACAUCACGCGCAACAAAUGUAUCGAAGUCGACAAACUUACACUGAAGAACCUUCUUGGUCUUUGUCGGCAGAACGAUACGACGCUUACGGGACUUCUACACGGAAUUGUCUUGGCUUGUCUAUCAGUGCACCUCUCCGAAGGAAAAGCCAAUGCUUUCAACGUCGCUACGUCGAUGGAUCAGCGGCGCUUCAUGACGGAAGAAAACCGAAGGUCCAAGUUCGCGUCUUUGGAUCCAUCGACCAGCGUGCAGAACUGCGUGGCUUCUAUAUACCACACUUUCGGUCGCGACAUCGUCAGCGAUAUUCGCGCCGAAGCACGCAUCAACAACUGGCCUUCACAACCAAUCCCCGGCCUCGAGCCCUACAUCUGGCGCGCAGCACGAAGUAUCCGCGAUGACAUCGAAGACCGCAUCAGUCUCGGCCUAACAAACACUGUCGUUGGAUUGAUGAAGCUUGUUACAGAUUGGCAGGAGUACCAUAAGACUGCUAUUAAAAAGCCAAGGGAGCUAUCGUGGGAUGUUACGAAUCUAGGCGUGAUUGAUGGAGGCGAGAAUGGCUGGGCGGUUGAGAAGGCGAGGUUUAGUGUUUGUGCUGAUGUAGCUGGUCCUGCGAUGAUGAUCAAUGUUGUUUCGGUCAAGGGUGGUGGUUUGACGGUUGAGAUUUCGUGGCAGGGUUUGGAGGAGUUGGAUGAUGUUGGGAGCAAGUUGGGGGAAGAUGUGAAGGUUUGGCUGAUGAGACUGGGUGCUUGA